AGUCUCGACAUCCCAUCUCCAGAUUGGUGAACAUAUUUUUCGCCGACUGCGAUUGCAAAGCACUGCCAAAGAUAAAGAGACAUGACUGAUCCUAGCAAGCUCUCCGUCGCCGUGGUCUGCUCCUCGAACAUGAACCGCUCAAUGGAGGCGCACAACUUCCUGGCCAAGAAAGGUUUCAACGUGCGCUCCUAUGGCACCGGCGAGCGCGUCAAGCUGCCGGGCAUGGCGUUCGACAAGCCGAAUGUUUACGAGUUCGGCACCAGCUACGAGGACAUCUACCGCGACCUGGAGGCCAAGGACAAGGAGUUCUACACACAGAACGGCCUGCUGCACAUGCUCGACCGCAAUCGGCGCAUCAAGAAGUGCCCGGAACGCUUCCAGGAGACCAAAGAGCAGUUCGACAUCAUCGUCACCGUGGAGGAGCGCGUCUACGACCUGGUGGUGCUGCACAUGGAGUCCAUGGAGUCGGUGGACAACCGCCCCGUGCACGUUCUCAACGUGGAUGUGGUGGACAACGCAGAGGAUGCGUUAAUGGGCGCCUUUCUCAUCACAGACAUGAUCAACCUGAUGGCCAAGUCCACGGACCUGGACAAUGACAUCGACGAAAUGAUCCAGGAGUUUGAGGAGCGCCGCAACCGUGUCAUUCUGCACUCGGUGCUCUUCUACUGACGACCGAUGUCUGCCAACAGCUCGUGUCCAGCUCCAGCACCAACACCAACACUAGAAUCCCGUAGCCUCCCUGCGCUCCAGCCGAGUCACUCAAUCUCGUCCCCUAGGGGCUGGAAUCGCACAGCAUAGGACGUCGGGCAUAGGACGUAGGGCGCACGGAUCCCGGGUUUUGGAUUGGGAGCCUAGAAUAUAAGAACAUUGUAAAUAGAGAGGGGCCAUCGCUGCAGCGAAAGCACAUCCAACAACCUGCACACCCACACACGCACCUCCCACCCCCACACACACACACACAUGCAUGCGUGCACAUCCGCACUGGCAUCCACAUUCAAGCACCUGAUUCGAAAUCCACACCACACCUGCAAGCAACUGGCUCAUAAAUUUGAAAUUAACACACAACCAAUGGCGACCAUUACAACACGACGGCCCCAAAUCCCUUCGUAUGUAGUAUGUGUACGUGUCCGUAUUCCUUGUAGUUCUGGCCGUUGAGCCGCCUCGUUCUUAUCACAGUCUUAUCACAGGCUCUCGCUUCUCCCAGCUGGCAACGGCGGCCGACCCUCUGACUCCCACCCGCUCUCCCGCUCUCUUCGCCCAACUCUGAGUCCGAUUCGGACUCGGAUUCGAUUCGAUUCAUAUAAACUGAAAACUCGCAUCGUGCUUGUGUGAAUGAGCAUGCACGCCAGAGAGCCACUCACUCAGGGGCAGAUCGGGUUGGGCCCUCGCGGGUAAGGGUAUCGUUUUUAAUCUUGCAUAGUUUUACCAAUUAUUCAGACAGGGCUGACCCGACCGCCAGCCAUUCCCGUAGCCCAGUUGGGCAAAGGCCUGGGCUGGGCGUUCUAAACAAUAGCCAAAGGCCCGCAGCGGGCGCUAACUUACAAUACUAAAUAAACACUAAGGGAGUUGACUACUUGGAUUGUGUUCACUAAGCAUUGGAAUAAAAUCUAACGCCAAUUGGGGCGGGUUUCUUGUUGA